GGCUCGCGCAGGGUGAGGUCCAAAGUUUAAAAGGUGACAGCAGCACUCAGCACACGGAGACGUUUCAGACAGGUUUCCAGAUUCAAAAUUCACCCUUUUGGUAACUGUUGUCCCAAAGUACAGGUCCGACAUGUCUGAACUGAGCAACCAGCUGCCCUCAGACCCCAUCUCCUCAGUUGGCAUAAUCACUUCACCCAGCAAAGCCCCAGAGGACUACACUGUUGUUGCACAAACAACAGAUGGCUCUGACGCCGACCUGUGGAAGGACGGUUUAUUCAAAUCCAAGGUCACCCGCUACCUCUGUUUCACCAGAAAACCUGGACCUGAUGUUGUUGUGGACAUAAAGGUGAUUGACAUUAAGGAGCCGUUGCCAGAGGGCUACACACCUGUGGAAGAAACAAUGGACACAAAGGAAACUGCCAUGAGGAAGAGGAGGCUCUGUGUGAAAAUCAGCCCUCGUGCGGCUGCCGAGACGGCUGUAUAUGACAUCCAGAUCAUCGCCAAGACCAAGUACCAUCUCGUUAACUACACCUGUAUAGGUGACAUAAACAGUAUGGGGAUAUGGAAUCGAAAAGGAGAUGUUCCUAAACAUAAGUCAUCCCAGGAAACAGCCAGUACAGCUAACACUGAAGCUCCAUCCACCACAGCAAGCAGGAGGACCAUGAGCAGGCCAGACUAUGAGCACCAAAACAGUGGGAACUACACCAUGACAGCUCUGGAUGAUGUGCCCUUUGUGGUCCCUGAGAAGUUUUUUCCAAACCCCAAGGAGAUGCAGCAAGUCAAUUUAAUGGGCAUUACGAUCAAAUCCCUGGCAGAGAUCGAGGAGGAAUUUCAAUACAACUUCAGCACAGAGCGAAGCAUCGCUGUGUAAGUGUCCGCCCAGCCUUCACAACCUGGAGGAGAGAACCACGAAGCCUGGAACACCACAGAUGAACUAAAGGGAUAAUAUGUAAAAUAAUGGACCAAUGAAAUGAAGAACAGAAUCCCACACGUACUACAACUGUAUAUUAUGUAAUUAACAAAGGAUAUUAAAUUUGAGAUAUGAUCUGUUAAAUUG